AGGCAAAACUAUAAAUCUUCAUCCUCUCGGAUGUAAAUAGAAUUCUGAGUAGCAAGGAGAAGACAGUGGAUUCGCGUAGUGCGGAACAUUGGCAGCUCUACUUUUUAUUUCAAGCGGACGUCGAGCAUACAAUACGGUGAGUGAUGGCACGUACUAAGCAGACGGCUCGUAAGUCUACCGGAGGAAAGGCGCCGAGGAAGCAGCUGGCCACCAAAGCUGCUAGGAAGAGUGCACCAUCCACCGGUGGCGUGAAGAAGCCGCAUCGUUACAGGCCUGGCACUGUCGCCCUGCGAGAGAUCCGGCGUUAUCAGAAGUCAACAGAACUUCUGAUUCGCAAGCUCCCCUUCCAGAGGCUGGUGAGGGAAAUUGCCCAGGACUUCAAGACCGACUUGCGUUUCCAGAGUGCUGCUAUUGGGGCACUUCAGGAAGCCAGUGAGGCAUACCUGGUGGGGCUUUUUGAGGACACCAACCUGUGUGCAAUCCAUGCCAAGAGGGUGACUAUAAUGCCCAAAGACAUCCAGUUGGCUCGUAGGAUAAGAGGAGAGAGAGCCUAGACUGCAUUUCAGCUGAUUUGAUCAUUUUGCCUGAAAUGGCAGUUACACAAUCUAUUUAUCAUACUUUUCCACGUUGUGGACAAUUUAUGGAUUUUAUUUUUUCUUCCUUUUUUUUUUUUUUUUUGGUCAUGUGUAUUUAAAAUGGGAUGGAGGUCAUUGUAAUCAUUCCAUGAACUAACUACAGGCUGAGUUACUUGAGUCCUAACUGAUUGGUCUCUGUAGACUACUUCCUGGUGCUCAGUGAUACUCUCCCAUUGUCCUUAUAUGUUGUGUAUUAAACAUUUUCUUUUUUGCAUGUGAAUUGGGAAGCGAGUCCUCUUAAAGAGGAUAGCUCAAUAUCAAAUUACUAUCCUUUUUUUAAAUGGUAAAAUUGCAGGGAACUUCCCUUCACGUGCAAAAAAAAAAAAAAAAAAAGAACCUGUUAGUGCUAGAGGCUGUGAAUAGGGCGGAGGUGUAUUUAUGUUGCAUACUCUGGUGGCUCAUUUAUUCUCUUCCAGUCUCGGAGGGGCUUUGGCUUGGCUGGGGUCCCUCAUGCAAUAAUCUCACCAGUCAGCAGACCCCUUCUGGGCAGUACACUCUGUCAUGAGUAUGGCUGGAUACUUGUCACUAAUUCGGUCAUUCAGGAGCAGCGCAGGCCCUUUGUAUAUUCUGGGCUGCUUUUUAUAUAAUUUGUUUUCUUCAAUGUAAACCUUGGCAGCUACAAUACUAUUUAUGAAGUUUUGUCACAUUGUAGUGUUUCUAUUAAACAACUUUAAGAGUA